ACAAGUGGCAUCUCUGUGUGCUCAAAUGAACGUCAUGGUGCUCUCCAUCUGGGUCUUGCUCUCAUUCAUAGCCGCCCCGGGUUUGGCGGCACCCACGGCCAUGCCGCAGGAAGCCACCUCUCUUUCCCCUACUGAACAAGCUGACUUGAAAACGGCCACAGAAUACCUUAAGCACUACUACGAUCUGCGAGAGGAACCUGCAGGAAGCUGGAAGCAGAGCGGCCUAUCCUUUGCAUCCAAGUUGAAAGACAUGCAGACGUUCUUCGGGCUCAACGUAACAGGAAGGCUAGAUCGGGACACACUACGGGUAAUGAGGAAGCCUCGAUGCGGUGUUCCAGAUUCUGCUGAGUAUAGCAGUCACAUCCAAGGUGCACGAUGGAACAAGAAGGUCAUAACGUACAGCAUUGGCAGGUACACCCGAGACAUGCCUCGAAGCACCGUCGACUCCCUGCUCAAAUCUGCUUUCAGCGUUUGGGCCCGAGCCAGCGGUCUGACAUUUGUCUGCUCGCAAAACCGUAACACUGACAUCACGGUGGAGUUUGUCACUCAGGAACAUGGUGAUUCAUAUCCAUUCGAUGGACCCAGUGGCUCGUUGGCGCAUACUUUUGGUCCAAGACUGGAUGUUGCAGGAGAAAUUCACUUUGACGAUGAUGAACUUUGGGCAGCAACAGGAACAUCUGGUUUGAAUUUUUUUGUGGUGGCCGCACAUGAAUUGGGCCACGUGUUGGGUCUAAAACACUCAAGGAACCCAGCAUCACUAAUGCACCCCAACUACAAGGUCUCUCACUCAGGGCCCAACCUCCUAUCCAGAGAGGAUGUCACCAAUAUCAACGCACUUUACCGUCCACCCCAAGAUCACCCAGAUCACUUUUCAAGACUAUUCCCUCGACUGAUACAAAACAGAUGUGCUCGGGAUGUGACAUUCGAUGCCGUCUCCACACUCGGGGAUGCCACCAUCUUUUUCAAAGACAGAUAUCUUUGGAUCAAACACAAUCAGGCGCACGAUAUCAAAGAAGGUCCGAUCACCAACUUCAUGCCCAAGAUAGAAACCAGCAUUGAUGCUGCUUUCUGGGUGCCACGCAGGUCGACUGCUUACCUCAUUCGUGAAUCAAUGUUCUGGACGGUGAAAGGCUCCGUCGUGAAAGGAAAGCCCAGAGCUCUGUGCCACUUUGGCUUUCCUGCCUGGGUGCAGGAUGUUGAUGCCGCUGUGCACAUCGCCAAAACAGGACGCACCCUCUUCUUCAUGCAUGACAUUUAUUGGAGCUUCAAUGAAAACAGAAAAGUCAUGGACUUUGGUUACCCCAAGUACAUCAGCGAGGACUUUCCUGGACUUACUUUCCCGGAUUUAUCAACAAUAAAUGCAGCCUUUCACAAAGAAGGGUUCAUCUACUUCUUUGUUGGACCACAAGUCUAUAAGUACGACUACGCCAACAAGCGUGUUGCUGGAAUGGAGAGGGCGAAUUCCUGGCUUGGAGGAAAGAAGAGGAGAAAGAGGAGAACUAUGAUUCUGCGAUCAGUUCUAUGGACGCUGUUGCUCGUUGUGGGUUUUUUGGCAGUGAGCCAUGGAGCACCGACCGUCGCUCCGACCAUUUCACCAGAUGAUCACGACCUUGCUGAGAAAUAUCUCGCUCAGUUUUACAAUGAUGUCGGGACCAGAAACUCCACAAGGAGAAGCUCUAUUAGGAGCAACUUCAGCGAGGAUCUGGAAACCAUGCAGGCGUUCUUUGGCUUGGAGGUGACGGGGGUCUUGAACAAGGAGACGGUGGAGGCCAUGAAAACGUCCAGGUGUGGUGUGUCAGACAUCGGCCGCUAUGGACACUUCCCUGGGAUACCCAAAUGGACUAAGAAACUUAUAACUUACAGGAUCACUCAAUACACGCCAGAUUUGAGCCAGAAACAGGUGGAUGACAUCAUCGGUAAAGCCUUCCAACUCUACAGCGACGUCAUCCCACUAGACUUCCAGCAGAUCGACGACGGCACUGCGGAUAUCGUGAUCGUCUUUAAGGGUGGAUCUCAUGGGGACUUUAAUCCUUUUGACGGCCCGGGUAGAGUCUUAGCUCACGCAAACUCUCCGGGGCUGAAUCAAGGAGGGGACACACACUUUGAUGAUGAUGAAGAAUGGACACUAGACCAAAGAGGUGUGAAUCUGUUCCUGGUGGCCGCACAUGAGUUCGGCCACGCUUUGGGAUUGGACCAUUCCAGAGACAGGGGUGCGCUGAUGUUCCCCACUUAUAAGUAUGUCAACACAGACGACUACAAGCUGCCAGAUGAUGAUAGGCAAGAGGUUCAGGCUCUCUAUGGUAGCCGCACACAAGAGCCGACAAAAGUCCCCGAACCCGUACAACGAUCUGAACCAGAGCCGGAGGAUCCAACAGAAGACCCGCAAGACCCUCUUCCAAACCCUCGUGAUGAGCAAUGCAACCCCGAUUUGGUAUUUGAUGCCACCACAUCCAUCAGGGGAGACUUCUACUUCUUCAAAAAUGGAUACUACUGGAGGAAGAGUGCCUCAUUCCCAGAAAUCCGUUUUACUAAAGUGAGCACAAAAUGGCCACCGAUCAACACUGUUGACGCUGCAUAUGAGGCCGAAAACAAAGACACAGUUUUUCUCUUUGAGGGUAAUCAGGUGUGGGGCAUAUAUUCCAUUCCAAAGACAAUAAUACCAGGUUAUCCAAAACCGCUAACCAGCCUGGGCCUGCCUUCCACUGUCAGUAAGGUGGAUGCAGCCGUCUACGUGGUAGAGACUGGAAAAACAUUAUUUUUUGUGAAUACAGAGUAUUGGAGCUAUGAUGAGGCUUCAAACCAAAUGGAUCCUGGGUAUCCGCGAUUAAUUGCUACUGACUUUCCUCUCAUCGGGUCAAAGGUUGAUGCAGUUUUUGAGUAUUAUGCGUACCUUUAUUUCUCAGUCGGCGCCAAACUGCUGGAAUACUACCUGCCAGGACAUAGAUUGACGAGAGUGAUGUUAAACUAUGGCUGGCUCAAUUGUUAUUAAGAGUGGGAACACAGCACAUACUUUUUUCAUGUUGUUGGGAAAUGACGCAAUAAAGGAUCUUCUCAAUGAC